GCUCUUCUACUUCUCGCCCCAGUCGCCGUCCGCGAGAGCGGCAAUAUCUCGGCCGGAUUUCGAAGUCCGAUCAAGCCGCACGACACUCUUCCGGGCAUGCAUCCAGCUCUCGUCGGGGCCAACUACGCCCGCUCAGCCGACCAGCACCGACACCCCAAGGCCGCGGGCCAACACCGGCGCUGCGCCGUCUUCAGCAUCGGGGCCAGCAUCUGUCAAAAGUUCAGCGACCCUCGCUGCAGCGUUGGCUUGCGUCGGGCUGCUGCCGCUGCGAAGCACCUUCGGUUGGGUUUCGGCUGCUGAAUCCCGAGGACGGUGGACGGUGCACCCAUCGAUUGUGGUGUGGUCACGGUAUCGGUCGGAGAGGCCGGUCAACUGCGGCCCUGGGAGUGCCGAGGAGCCGAAGCGCUGGCAGAACCCAUGUACAGAUCCCAUCAUCGUUCCGCGCCAUCGGGUCAUUGUACAAGCUCAUCGAGGACUAAACAGCAGCGUCAACUAAGCACAUGCAAUGAAGCACCCACUCUUCAUGAUCGUUCUUUUGGCUUGGAUAACCAGGCCACGUCCCGGAACCGCGGAGUCGUCAUUUCGCCUGUCACGCCAGAAGAAUCUAGCCUUUGAGCGACAGGCCCAAGUGCUCAGGCAGGGCUGGUCUCAGUGCAGCAGCAACGGCCCGCCUGGACGCCCCUUCGAAGACUCCGGUGCGGCCACGUCUUUCAAGUAUGUCCGCGCCAAGCAGAGGAGGGAGGUGACCGACGGUGCCGCGGCCAACAGUGCGCUGUACCUGGAAGAGGCGGCGGGUGCGCUAAACGUGGACGGCGACCCGAAGGUUCCUUGGCGUCACUUCAGCGUCGCCCUGUGGCUGAAACCCCAGGGCGGUCAACCGAGAGAGUCCGUUGUCUUAGAGGCCCGCGAUGUGUGCUCACCACUGACAGCCAAGCAGUGGUCCCUCCGCAUCGAGGCCAGUGGCAGAGACGACGACCGCAAUGGUCACUUUGUCUUCAGGCUUCAAGCAGCCCGCUCUCAGGAGACUUCGGUGCUUCGUAGCCCCGUCGUGUAUGCUCCUGGAGAGUGGCAUCAUGUGGCGGCCACAUUCGACGGCACCUACGCCAGGCUUUACAUUAACGGAGCACAGGUAGCCAUCACAGGCGAGCAGAAGGGCUACAUUUUCCAGAAAUCUGGAAGCUCUUGUCGAAGCUUGUCGAUCGGGGGCGGUCGUCGCAGCUACUACCGGGGUCUCGUGGACCGCGUGCGGACCUGGGGUCGCGCUCUGAGCCAGGUUCAGGUGCAACACGACCUGUGGCAUCAAGAUGACCCCCAGGGUGCCCUGUUCACCGACGCCUUCGACUCCCUGGACAAAUGGGAGUGGACGGGAUCUCCUCGCCUGGUGCAGGCGCCGGCAGCCGCACGACCCAGCGGGGUUCGGGCGCAACCGGUGCCCUGUGGCUUCACGGUUUGCGACGCACCGGAAGUUGUGCUCAGCUAUCAAGAGCACUGGCACCUGAGGACGCCGAAAACAUUGAGGUACCUGGUAAUAAACGUGAAAAACUCUGACGGCUCUAAUCCCACCGUGACUGAAGAACAGAUUCAACGACAGCAUGCGGCAUUGAACGACGCCUUCUCCCCCUAUAACAUUACCUGGGACGUCACUCAGGCCUCUGUGCUGAACAGUUCCUUGCGGAGGAGGCAGGUCACCCUGGGCUGUCAGUCGCACAGCUUGGGCGACGGCGUUUGCAACCCUGACUGCCAGCUGGUGGGCAACGAUGGCGGCGACUGCGACUCGAACCCGGAACCGUGCGAGCCUAAGCUGGUGGGAGACGGCCGUUGUCAGAGGCAGUGCAACCAGGCCGCUCAUGCCUGGGACGGCGGAGACUGUUGUUUGGCUGGACACGAGCAUGGCAACUGCCUCGACCCUGCAUCUCCAGAAAGGUCAUACGUGGAAGUAAAAGAGUACAAAGAUCUCCUAGGCUUCAAUAAUUCGUUCCACGUGAAUGUGCUCUUCGCUGAAUGGACCGACAGAAACAUAAUCGGUAUUGCUACGUUCCCGUGGGAAAAAGAGGUCUUCUCUGUCCAGGGAGGCGUGGUUGUGCAGCCCGAGUCUUUCGGGCGCCCGGGUCGCUUGGACACGCUCGUGCACGAAAUGGGACACGUGCUGGGCCUCUGGCACGUGCACCGGGGAGUGUCCGAGGUGGAGUGUUACGACGACUGUCUCGAGACGCGGGCGUCUUUGGACACAGGAGACCUCUGCGAAGACACCGGUCCCACGCCGAUGAACCACCAGUGCCACGAUCCGCCAGCGGACUUGGCGCACUGCGGGCUUACGAACUUCGUGGAUACACCGUUUCGGAACUACAUGGGGUACGGAGAUGACGCCUGCACCAGCGUGUUCAGCCAACAGCAGGUGGCUCGAAUGCACUGCUACGCGGACCUCUUCUACGGCUCCUGGCAGCCGGGUGCUGGGUCAUCGAGAAUCCCCGAGCCCCCCAUGGCCCCCGUGCCGGUGGUGUCGGGACCCCACAGCGUGACCUUGUCGUGGGCGCCGUCCGUGGCUAGCGUGCAAAAAGACCAGUGUUCGUUGUGCACCGAAACUCGAGCCCUCUCGCAGUACGCCAUCAGGGCGACAGAUGGCGCCAACCACAGAGAUGCCUGGGAACCACGACAGGCAACUGGCCCACCGGACGCCGAUGUCUGCACACUCAGCUACAGGGCAUGGUUACCGGCAGCCGACACCUGCAAUGACCGGCGAGACUGCACCCUUACUUUGGAACUGGAGACACCCGUCGUGCCCGCGGCGCUGUCCCUAUGGAUGCCUUGGAAUUCGAGGGAGGGCCUCAGCGAACUGGUGCUGGUGUAUGCGGAUCAGUCGGAGCAUAUCAUGAAGGACAUUACCGCGUACUGUGACAUGCCUUACACCAUGCAGCUUGACACCGACAAGGAACUAGUCAAGAUUGUUGCCGUCGCCGCUAGUCCGAUGGUGGCCCUGGACUCCGUGCAAGUGGUCUCAUUGGCCAACCACGCAUCGUGUGCUUCGUGCAAGCCUCUUCGUUACCGCGUCUUCAGGGAGCCGCCGUUCUCAACAGCAGACUCACGACUGGCCGACGGACUUCAUUUCACAGAUGUAGAACUGGAACCCGAUGGAGAAUACCGUUACCAGGUUCAAGCUUGGAUGGGCAACAGAGUCAGCAACAUGUCUCCCGUGCUUCGAUAUGUGCACGGGCAAGGGUACUGCGGUGACGGCAAGCUGGACGCUAACGAGGAAUGUGACGACGGAAACACUUCUCCGGGUGACGGCUGUGGCGGAAAAUGCAACUUCGAAAAUAAGUUUAAAUGCAAAGGCUCACCAAGCUUGUGCUAUGCGCACGAAGACGACGGAAUUUGCGAGCCCUCGGAAGAGCACUUCAAUACCCGAGAUUGUGGAUUCUUCACUCCUCCCGGAUUUUUCGACCAAUGGGCGUCCUCGGUGGUCGUCUCUGAAGACGCCGUUAGUCAUAGGUGUCGACCGGAAGCCUUGCUGGGUCCUCCACCUAAGAAACAGGUUUGCAGCUCAGAUUUGAACACAACUCACUCCUGGUACCCGUGCGAGGCACCCGAUGCAUCAUCUACCGUCUUAACUGCCUCUUUUGAGAGACCCGUCGUUGCCACGGCCGUUCACGUCUACAUAGCCUCGGACGGUGGAGCCAAUAUCUCCCCUCUGCUCACCGUCGAGCUCCUGCCCGAACCUGAAGACUUCACCAGAACCCCUCAUUACGUACAAUCCCGGCGCGUCUCGUGCAAGGCAAACCCGAUCGAAGUGAACGUCAUGCAUGACCUAAGCAAGAGCUUUCACCUAACCAGAUCGGUGCGGCUAACCCUGGCAACGCCAGACGUGUCCAUCGGGGCGAUUCGCCUGCGUUCAUCGAAUGCCUUGAACCCUGUCGCGCUCUCGAGCUGCUCUUCUACGCAGUUGUAUCAUCCAGGUCUUCAGAAAUGCGUGGAUUACAGCUGCGAGCGACCGCGGUGCCAGAAGCCCCUGGUGAAGAACGCUCGCUUGAUGUGCCAGGGUCUCGGAGAAGGGGAUGUUUGCAAGCUUCUGUGUGACGAGGGAUACGCUUUGGCCGAAGGGGAGGGGGACCAUGGUCUGCUGGUGUGUGAUGACGGGCAAUGGAGGGGCUCAGGAACUCUCUGCAAGCCAGUGGACUGCAAGAUGCCUGUGAUUGCUCACGCGGACCCCAUGUGUGCAGAAGGGACAACGUUCGGUAAAACCUGCAGCUUCAAGUGCAGGCCGCCGGCCAGGUUUAAAGGUGGAAUCAGCGGGCUCGCUAGCAUCAGCUGUCAAAAGGACGGUCGCUGGUCCGAGCCGGAGCAUCAGUGUCACGUGGCAUGCCCGGCACCUUCGGCGCCUCCGCACGCCGUGAUGACCAACUGCCGAGGAGCAGAGCCACUCCUAUUUGGUCACAAAUGCCGCUUUCAUUGUAAGGCGGGCUACCACGUCAAGGGGCACGCUAACAAAAAGCUCCAGGCAGCGGGAAAAACGCGUGACCCUGGCUUCCACAGGCGGUCCUUCCACCUGGUGUGCAGCGAGACGGGGGCCUGGUCCGGCCCGGGGUGCAGCCCGGUCUCGUGUCCGGCCCUACCCCCCGUCUACACUGGCCUGUACGCCUGCACAGACGCCUGGUACGCGGGCUCUGUCUGCGCCUUCGCCUGUCCGGGCGCUGCCAGCAAAUCGGAACUCAAGUGUGAGCUGGACGGCGUUUGGAACAGGGGACCCCCUCAGUGUGCCUUCGCCAAUCUUCACUGUCCGCUGCCUAAGGACGUCGCCGACAAAGUACAGUUUAGAUGUGCUGAUACACGCGUAGGCUCGGUGUGCCACGUGACUUGCCGCCAGCCGGAUCACGAACCGGUGGUGUCAUUGGAUGGUAGGCAGCUCCCCCUGGGAGGCAACAUCACCUGCGCCGGUAUCGGGCUCUGGCAUCCGGAUCCAGAGCGUCUUCAAUGCAGACAAAAGUGCCGCACCGAGUACAUCGGCGAUGGUUGGUGUGACGCCGCCAACAACCAGGAGCACUGCGGCUGGGACGGCGGCGACUGCUGUUCAUCCACGGUGCCCGGCCGCUUUGUGAGGACGUUCCCGCCAAACUGUUCCCAAGAGUGCGCCUGUCGAGACCCCGACGCCCAGUGAAGCUGGGAGCAGCGAACUGAACGGAAUAAACAAUGGAUUGAAACGAGA